UGCUGCUGCCAGGGUGGCCCCCCAGUGCUCCCCUGGCCGGGUCUGUCCCCUCUGCCGCCCGAUCCCGGAGACCGGCUGGCCUUCCCCCGCCAGGCUUCUGGCUGUUUAUAAACAAUGACUUUUGCAGCCGAGACCUGCGGGCUCCCUAAGGAUGCAGCCACGUGACAGUGGGGGUGGGGGUCGGGGUGAGAGCGGCGGCGGCCUCUGGAGCUUCCCCCGCGCUUCCCUCCGAGUCCUGCAGCUCAUCCUUGCGGUCCCGGGCUAAGGAGGUCCUCCAGAAACUGGGGAAGGCGGAUGAGACAAAGGAUGAGCAGUUUGAACAGUGCGUCCAGAAUUUCAACAAGCAGCUGACCGAGGGCACCCGGCUGCAGAAGGAUCUCCGGACCUACCUGGCCUCGGUCAAAGCCAUGCACGAGGCCUCCAAGAAGCUGAACGAGUGUCUGCAGGAGGUGUACGAGCCUGACUGGCCUGGCAGGGAUGAAGCGAACAAGAUCGCUGAGAACAAUGACCUGCUCUGGGUGGAUUACCACCAGAAGCUGGUGGACCAGGCGCUGCUGACCAUGGACACGUACCUGGGCCAGUUCCCUGACAUCAAGUCACGCAUCGCCAAGCGUGGGCGGAAGCUGGUUGACUACGACAGUGCCCGGCACCAUUACGAGUCCCUCCAAACCGCCAAGAAGAAGGAUGAAGCCAAAAUUGCUAAGCCUGUCUCGCUGCUUGAGAAAGCCGCCCCCCAGUGGUGCCAAGGCAAACUGCAGGCUCAUCUCGUAGCUCAAACUAACCUGCUCCGAAAUCAGGCCGAGGAGGAGCUCGUCAAAGCCCAGAAGGUGUUUGAGGAGAUGAAUGUGGAUCUGCAGGAGGAGCUGCCGUCCCUGUGGAACAGCCGUGUGGGUUUCUAUGUCAACACAUUUCAGAGCAUCGCAGGCCUGGAGGAGAACUUCCACAAGGAGAUGAGUAAGCUCAACCAGAACCUCAACGACGUGCUGGUCAGCCUGGAGAAGCAGCACGGGAGCAACACCUUCACGAUCAAGGCCCAGCCCAGUGACAACGCCCCUGCGAAAGGGAACAAGAGCCCCUCUCCUCCUCCUGAUGGCUCCCCUGCCGCCACCCCCGAGAUUAGAGUCAACCACGAGCCCGAGCCGGCUGCUGCGGCCACCCCCGGGGCCGCCCUCCCCAAAUCCCCGUCUCAGCUCCGGAAAGGCCCACCGGUCCCUCCGCCUCCCAAACACACCCCGUGCACGGAGGUCAAGCAGCAGCAGACCCUCAGCCUGUUUGAGGACACAACUGUCCCUGAGAUCAGCGUGACCACCCCCUCCCAGUUUGAGGCCCCGGGGCCUUUCUCGGAGCAGGCCAGUCUGCUGGACCUGGACUUUGACCCCCUCCCACCUGUGGCAAGCCCUGUGAAGGCGCCCACGCCCUCUGGUCAGUCAAUUCCGUGGGACCUCUGGGAGCCCACAGAGAGUCCAGCUGGCAGCCUGCCUUCCAGGGAGCCCAGCGCUGCCGAGGGCACCUUUGCCGUGGCCUGGCCCAGCCAGACGGCCGAGCCGGGGCCUGCCCAACCAGCAGAGGCCUCGGAGGUGACGUGUGGGACCCACCCUGCGGUUGGAGCCCAGGAGCCCGGGGAGACGGCAGCAAGUGAAGCAGCCUCCAGCUCUCUCCCCGCGCUGGUGGUGGAGACCUUCUCGGCAGCUGUGAACGGCACUGUGGAGGGCGGCAGCGGGGCAGGGCGCCUGGACCUGCCCCCGGGGUUCAUGUUCAAGGUGCAGGCCCAGCACGACUACACGGCCACUGACACGGACGAGCUGCAGCUCAAAGCUGGGGACGUGGUGCUGGUGAUCCCCUUCCAGAACCCAGAGGAGCAGGAUGAAGGCUGGCUCAUGGGUGUGAAGGAGAGCGACUGGAAUCUGCACAAGGAACUGGAGAAGUGCCGGGGCGUCUUCCCCGAGAACUUCACCGCGAGGGUGCAGUGAGAGCAGAGCGGCUGGUGGUGCUGCGGAUGCGUGAACAGCAGCACCUUUUCCCGAAAAAUGUGUGUUUCUUUUUUUUUUUU